CCCCCCCUCCCCCAAACCAAAAAAAAAAUCCAAUCCCCCAUUUCGUUUUUCUCUUUCCUUCUUACUUUUUACUUUUUAGGGAUUGAGGAUGCCAUUCUUAGAUUGUAAUAUUUAACUCUCUCUCUCUCUGAAUAGCAGCAUGGAUGGUGUUGAAGUGUUUAUUGUCAAUUGUGGUCUAUAAGCUGUUCGACGAAAUGCCCCAAAGGUUACUGACUUGAGUUUGCCUCAUUCUUGACAUUGUUCAAUUUAUUUGGCGAUCACUUCGGUAUGGAUUUUGCGCAUUGCUAUCUAGACGGCAAUGCCGAUGCUGUGGAAUUCUGUCCUCACGAUUCUUUCCACCACAUUUUAGCUGCUUCGACGUACACGCUACAAGAGGGUGAUCAGCCCACUCGAUCAGGAAGCAUAUCGCUCUUCAAUGUCAAUGCUGAUGUGGGUAGUCUUGAUUUGAUUCAUAGGGUGGAGACAGCUGGUAUUUUUGAUAUAAAGUGGAACCCAGUUGGGGGUAAUGUUGGUCGUCUGCUUGCUCAAGCUGAUGCUGAUGGUUACUUGAGGAUUCAUAGGCUUGACAAUUCUGUGGAUGGAUCUGAAGUUCUUGGGAUUCUGAAAGAGAUCAGUGGUGAACAUGUCAGUUCCUCUAUGUGCCUAUGCCUAGAUUGGAACCCCUCAGCUACAUCCAUCUCGGUGGGCCUUUCAGAUGGCUCAGUCUCGGUAAUCUCCCUUCUUGAAUCCCAAGUUCAUGCAGUGCAAGAAUGGAAAGCUCAUGAGUUUGAGCUAUGGGCUACUUCCUUUGAUAUCCAACAACCACAGCUUGUGUACACCGGUUCAGAUGACUGCAAAUUCAGUUGCUGGGAUUUGCGGGAUGGUCCUUCUAAGUUGGCAUUCCAGAAUUCAAAAGUUCAUAAAAUGGGUGUUUGUUGUAUUGCAAAGAGCCCCAGUGACCCCUAUACUUUACUUACUGGUAGCUAUGAUGAGUACCUGAGGGUAUGGGAUGUGAGAUCAAUAUCAAAGCCAAUAAAUGAAAGUUCCAUCUGUUUAGGGGGAGGAGUUUGGAGAAUCAAGCAUCAUCCCUUUGUACCUGGCUUUGUCCUGGCAGCAUGUAUGCACAACGGGUUUGCAGUUGUGAAUAUAAAGGCAGAUCAAGCUGAAGUUAUUGAAAUGUACAGUAAUCAUGGGUCACUUGCAUAUGGAGCUGAUUGGCAUAGAGGGGAUUUAUGCCACAAAAGUACAAAGAAGAGUACCGUAGUUGCUACUUGCUCAUUUUAUGACAAACUCCUUCGGAUAUGGAUGCCAGAAUGUGAUUUAACAACUUGAUGGUGCAUGUGAACACAUUUCAUAGGCUGAUGCCAGGAGAAUUCAAUAGUUUUGAUUCUGCAUGCAGACCUGGUUCAUUUCAUUUAGACAUAUUACCGUCAAGAAUAUUUCUGGGUGCAGUUAUGUUAAUUAAAGAUUUGUGUUUGAAUUGGUGCUCAUACCUGGAAAACUUUUCGUCUAUACUAUUUGAAGUCCAACGAAAUGUACCUUCAAUGCUUUAAUUGUUAUGCUUACACUGAAACUGUAAAACGAUCCCCACUUUCAACAUUAAUUAUUGAUUGUUGGCUCAAAAUGUUGUAUGGUUCUCUUUAGCAGCAUCACUAGGAGAGACUAUUUUCCUGUGGUGGUCAAUAGUUAUGAC